GAUGUUUAUAUGAUCAGUAGUACUGUUUCCUUUUAUGGUCUUUGUUGUUAUUUAUUUUUAUUUUUUGGUAAUCGAUCUGUCUCGUUUCUUUAGAUCUGAUCGUAGAAACGUUAGAUGAUGAAACUCAGAUAGGAUCAAAUUGCCUUGCUACUUACUAUACUUGUCUGUUAGCACAAGUUUCAGAAGAUUAUUUUGGUAUUAAAAUGUUUUUUUUCCUUUAAAUUAACUUGUAGGUGAAGUUUACGGCCGAUGAGCUUCGUAGGAUUAUGGAUUACGAAUAAAACAUCCGUAAGAUGUCCGUUAUUGCCCAUGUCGACCAUGGUAAAUCCACCCUGACAGACUCCUUGGUUGCUGCUGCUGGUAUCAUUGCGCAAGAAGUUGCUGGUGAUGUCCGUAUGACUGAUACUCGUGCUGACGAGGCUGAACGUGGCAUCACCAUCAAGUCCACGGGUAUUUCUCUCUACUACGAGAUGACCAAUGCUUCCUUGAAGAGCUUCACUGGCGCCAGAGAUGGGAACGAGUACCUGGACACCUAAUAAUGGACAGAGGAUUACAUUUGCUGAAGUCAUUGAAAACGAGUGGUUUAAUAAAGGGCAUAAGACCAUGAUUAACCUGAGUUUGUUAACUGCUGUUCUUAGCUUCUAGUUUUUAACUAACAAAAUCUAAUAACCAUCUCUUAUAA